AUGGGUCACAAGUGUAGGCUCGGGGUCCUGGCCACGUUGGCGUUCAUCGCUUCGCCUGCAUCCGCCGGCUGCCCGUUCCUCUCUGGCGAAAAGGGCUCGCAAGCCGACCUGAACCCCGGCGUGGACCGUGCUCUGGGGUCCUACGACGAUGAUAGCAGCUACUAUGGAGGUGCGGACUUCUCCCGCGAGACCUACGAAGCUCUUCAAGAGGACAUCACGGCCAUGUUCACCAACUCCAUGGACUUCUGGCCGGCCGACUUCGGCAACUAUGCUCCCCUGAUGAUCCGCCUCGCCUGGCACUGCAACGGCAACUACCGCCAGUCGGACGGCCGCGGCGGCUGCGACGGUGGCCGGAUCCGCUUCAACCCGGAACGCAGCUGGGCGGACAACACCAACCUAGACAAGGCGCUGACACUCCUGCAGCCCAUCAAGCUCAAGUACGGCGACGCCGUCUCGUGGGGAGACCUCAUCACCCUGACGGGUAACGAGGCGAUCCGGACGAUGGGCGGACCCGUGUUGGGGUUCUGCGCCGGAAGGCUUGACGAUGCGAAUGGCGUCGACAGCCUCGCGCUGGGCCCCUCUGACGAGCAGGAGGCCGUCGCUCCUUGCGCCGUCAACGGGACUUGCGAAGCCCCUCUCGGCACCAGCACGGUGGGCUUGAUCUACGUGAACCCCGAGGGGCCCUCCGGCGUUCCCGACCCCGCGGGCAGCGCUGAAAGCAUCCGGGAUGUCUUCGGGCGGAUGGGCAUGAACGACAGCGAGACAGUGGCUCUCAUCGGAGGAGGGCACGCCUUCGGAAAGUUCCACGGCGCGUGUGACACCGGGCCCGGCGCCGACCCGAUCGACGCCCCCGAAGCCCCCUGGCCGGGAACAUGCGGCGACGUCGACUCCGCGACCUUCGGCCGCGCCGAGAACACCUUCACGAGCGGGUUCGAGGGCCAGUGGACGGUGGAGCCCCUGGUGUGGGACAACCAGUACUUCAAGGACCUCCUCGAGUACGACUGGGUGAUGACGGAAAGCCCCGCCGACCUCGUGCAGUGGUUCCCGGUCCUGAAGGAGGGGGCCACCGAGACGGAGGACGAGAUCCCCGACAUCAUUAUGCUCACCAGCGACGUCGCCUUGUUGUUUGACCCGGAAUACCUCGCCCUUUGCGAACUCUUCGCCAGCGACCAGGCCUACCUUGACACCGCCUUCGCCGCGGCUUGGUACAAGCUCACCUCUCGCGACAUGGGCCAGUUCCAGCGCUGCGUGGGCACCGACGUGGCGCCGCCUCAGGACUUCCAGCUGCCGCUCCCGGAGGCGCCCACCGACCUCCCCGACACCGACGGGGCCAAGUCGGCGAUCCAGAGCAUCCUGUCCAGCGACCCGUCCUACCCCGCCCUAUUCGUCACCCUGGCCUGGCAGUGCGCGUCCACCCACCGCUCGACCGACUUCUUGGGCGGCUGCAAUGGGGCGAGGAUCCGAUUCUCUCCCGAGAAGGACUGGGCCGGAAACCAGGGUCUCGACCAGACGUUUCGACUGUUCUGAGCCUGCUCUCGCCGGUGCAAGACGACUACCCAGACGUGUCCUACGCCGAUCUGAUCGUGCUCGCGGGAAACCUCGCUCUCGAAAUCGACCUGUCGUUCUGCGCGGGCCGCGUGGACGUCACCGAGGGCGACGACCUCAUCUCGGUCCUCGAGCCCCGCGAGUACGACGACGUGAUCGUGGGCGUGCGCGACCGCAUGAGGAUCAGGGGCCUGUCGGUUGCACAGAUGGUGGCCCUCGCCGGCCGCCCCCGCAGCGCCUCGCACAUGAUCACCCUCGGCUUCAGCGGGUCCUACACGAGCGACGAUCCCCCGGCCCUCUCCAACGCCUUCUACGUGACCCUCCUCACCGAGACCUGGGAGGAGGUACCCGGGUCCGACGGACAGGAGUACCAGGCCGUCGGCACGUCCGGCGUCUACGUGCUGGCGACCGACCUGGCCCUUGUCUGGGACCCGGAGUUCAAGGCCCAGACGGUCAUGUACGCCGAGGACAACGACCAGUUCCUCAAGGAGUUCGCUUCGGCCUGGACCGCGGUGAUGAACGCCGACCGUUACGACGGGCCCACCGGCAACGUCUGUGACGACGUCUCGGGCGACUCCGACGACGACAGCAGCAGCGACGACCACUAACCGGACGAGUUCGGCGGCUCCCGACGCACCGUGUUCGUCUCCCCGCCGGCCUCUAUUUCAGCUAUAGCUGCUGACGUUCGUUUAGCACAGCAGCCGUGACGUGCUUGUAGUAUUGAUUUUGAGAAAAUAUUCAUUCAAAUAGAAUAGUAUCCCAGGCGAAGGGGAUGUGUUGAAGUCUUGGCGGUGAGUUGGAAGAAACCGGCUGGAUAUUGGGCUUAUUUAGGGUCUGUUUAAGCCCCAACACUGAUUGUCUUAUCAGUGAUGCUAGCAGGUGCUAACCACAACCUUGAGGCACCAAGCGUGUUGUUGUAGAGCGUUCCUGUUGAAAAGAAGUCGGCGGUAUGGCAUCUCGAACUCGCGGGUAUUAAUAGAGAGACGGAUUGUGAGGGCGUCAUUGCGGCAAGUCGUGCACGUUCUGUGGCCGAGCCUGGUUUCCCAUGGCAGGUGCCGGCUUUUGAGACUGAACGGCUUUGUGCGGCAAGCUGCAUGAUUCGCCCCUUCAAGUUUCCAUGUGUCGUUGUGUACAUCAAGUAGAUGUGGCAGUAUCAAACGGGGGAAGAGGAGAGUCAAAUCGGGGUGGCGUCUUUGUGAGGUCCAUGCGUGUCAUGAGUGUUUUCGUCUUGUGUAAUCUUUGCAUUUAAUCGAAAUUUUUGUGAACGCCGUGGGAAUGUCAUAUUGCGGGACUCUGGGUGUGCUGCAGCGGUACGUUUGAGCCCAUGAUGAAAGCGUUAUGAUUUUUAGAACACAAGAAUCGUUGAAUCUGGCUGCAUGGAGGGUGGCAAUGACCUGGACUGGUCGGGUCCCGAUCGAUCGUGACCUAUCUUCACAGUGUUGCAUCUUCGUUAGUGGCAGUUCAUGUGGCAUGAAGAAGAGACCUUUCAGGCGCUUCUUGGUGUCUGAAUACCUUCCGUUGAGUUCUUUCCCAACGCGCACUACUCAACUGUAGACUAUAAGCAGCACAUCGAGUUAGG